GUGAAUGACUGCGAAUAUGUUGUCUCUCAGGUAUCUCGUUACUCUCGUACCGGCCCUUCUAGGACUUGCAACACCGACUCUGUCCAAGCCCGUCAGCACCCAUGAAAGACACGCCGAAAUCCUCGGCAAUGUCACCUUGACCGAAGGAAUCGAACGACGCUCGACUGUUUUCAGCAACAGCAAAGAUGGCGUGAACGCUGCUGGAUUCUAUUACUCGCUCUACAACGACAACAAGGCCUCUGCUGGUUACACCGAGUUCCCCAAUAGUGGCCAGUUCCAAGUUGGAUGGGAUAUGUCCAGCGAGAAGGAAUUCCUUGGCGGAAAGGGCUACAAGGGAGGCAGUCCUCGCUCCAUUACAUGGGACGGCUACUUUACUGCUUCCGGUGAUUGGACUUUGGCUAUCUACGGAUGGACUACCGACCCCGUCACCGAGUGGUAUAUCGUCGAGUCCCACGGCACUGGCACUCCGGGCAAUGGAAAGAUCCUCGGCCAGGUUGAAAGUGAUGGCGGUAUCUACGACGUGUACAGUCUUUCUUACGAUAAUGUGCCUAAGAUUUAUGGUGCGACUAGCUUCAAGCAGUACUGGUCGGUUCGACGUACUCAUCGCACGACCGGCACGGUCAAUGUCGCUGCCCAUUUUAAUGGCUGGAAGAAAUUGGGACUUAAGCCGGGUAAUCCUGUUUUCCAGAUGAUUACUCUCGAGGGCUUCAAGGGCAAGGGUUAUCUUGAUUUUACUGUGCGGUGA